AAGGUGUCCUUGGAUAGCCUUUGAAGUCUAUUUUCAUAAUUGAGUGGUCUCUGUUCGAGAGGAGUGAGUAAUCAUCCAAAAAUCGAUCUGAAGCGAGCAGUGGUCUGUGAAUUCGAGCUGUGAGAGUGCUGAGACUGUUUGGUUGAUAUCUCGAGUUUUACCAAUCCAAUUAAGGCGUGUGAGAUACCAAAAGAAAUCUCUCAAGACGAGGAAUCCGUGAAGGUCUGGUUUGCAUCAAUCGGAGUAGAGGAAGGCUUCCAAAUCGUCCGAGCAAAACACAACCUCGCAGAAACGGAUUUACUCUUCUAAAGAAUCGAGUUAGCCGGAAAACACCCGUUCUAGGGGCUGUUUUCGUAUCAACGAUUAGGGGUUGAAAUAGCAACUUGAGGAAGCUGUUUAAAACCCAUUUUCAAGCAAGGAACCAGUUCUCAAUCUUCCUUGGCCGAGGCUUUGGUCAUUGGAUCGAGAAGGAAGGUUUUAAAGCUCAUUUGAGGUUGAGGCUAGAGCUUGCUUCCUGUGCUCGUUGCUCGAGAGAUCAUAUAGGAGGGAAGACUUGGUUCGUGCUUCCUCCAUUCUGUUUUUAAACAUUAAUAAACAUGCUCAUGGAUAUUUUACUGUAGAGCCUGUGUGCUCAUGAAUAGCCUUGUGUGGCCCCUUUCGUUUUAAAUAAUGUUUUCCGCUGCGUUACGAAUUACUUAUUAUGUUUGUUUAUGGAUGUGUAUGUGUGAAUGAUAUUCAAGACGCCUUGUAUAUUAUGAAUGUGUUGGACUGCGGUUGACUAUUCAUAUUGUACGGCGGGUUGUUGACGUGUCCGGAUAGGUCCGGGGCGUGACAGCUUUUGCCAGGAAGUUUAAGAAGUUUAUAAAGAAAGAUGGAAGGAGUCCAUCUUCUAGCAGAAGACCCCAUCAGAAGACCAAGUCUUCUGAGAGCAAUGGAGAGUAUCUCUGCUACAACUGCAGACAACCUGGGCACUUCAAAGCAAACUGCCCCUAUCCAAGAGUGUCCAAGAAGCAAUGACAUGAAGAAGAAAAGAAGCCAGAUGAUCAACACAGAAGAAGAAGAGCAUUUGUCUCAGAACAAGUUGAGAGAGAUCCACUCUCUGAAUCAGAGUCCAGUUCAGACUCCGACUCUGAUGAAGCAUUCUGCUGCUUGGAUGCAGAAACUGAAGACCUUUGCCUCAUGGCACAAUCAGAUGAUGAGGUAUGCUCCACUUCUGAUUCCAUUUCUUCUUCGGUAGGCACAGCCCUAAAUGAUGAUCCAAUGUCAUCAUUUUGGGAAGAGUUCCAAACUAUCCAAGCCACUUAUUCUUUUGUUAAAGAUGAGAACAGUAGGCUGAAAGUUGAUAUCUCUGAUCUAAGGAAAGAGACUGAGUGUAAACUUAAUCUCUUAACUGAGGAAAGAGACAGACUGAAAGCUGAAAAUGAGUCUCUUCUGAAAAGAAUAAGAGACAUUGAGGAACUUGAGAGUAGAUAUAAUAGUCUUCUGAAGAUGCAAUCUUCCAUGAAGAAUAUUGGUGACUCUCAUAACUUCACCUCUGGUCUUGGAUAUGUUGAACCAGAGUCUGGUGAGCCUUCUGUAAGGCCUAGCACCAAAGUUGCUAAGGCUAAAAAGGUCAUAGUGACACAGACUCUGAGCCCCAAUUGUCAUGCUAGUACUUCUGGUACUAAAGUUGUUCAUGAGAAGGUCAUACCAGAGAAACAAACUCUAAAGGCCAAACCAAAACAAAGUUUGAAAACUAAUGAAUCUGGCAGAAACUCUAACCAAAGGAAGAGUUUUCAGAAAAAUAAUAAUCAAAGGCCUAACUCCAUCAGACAAUCUCAUGACAACAGUAUCAGAAACUGCUAUCAGAAAGGCAG